CCCCCGUGUCCGCUUCGAGGACGGCGCGGUCUUCCUGGCCGCCUGCUCGAGCGGGGACACCGACGAGGUGAAGAGGCUCCUGGCCCGCGGCGCCGACAUCAACACGGCCAACGUGGACGGCCUGACCGCCCUGCACCAGCUGAUUUGUGAUGGUUCAAAACGAGCUCGUCUCCUGCCGGCUGCAAGCGGCCAGAUCUCAGCUGUGGGUGUCCCCCUCUCCUCCUAGCAGCGUCAGCUCCCCACGGCCGCCGGUGGGGAACCAGCCUCCUGAGUCACUUAGCUGCGGAUUUAAAACAACAACAGUAACAACAAAACACCUGCAAGUGCCAUACAGCUGGCCCUCCGAAUCCUCGGUGCUGAGGGCGGACUAAGGGACUUGAGCGUCCUCGGACUUUGGUAUGCCAGGGGGCCUGAACCCAUCCCCCACAGACACUGAGCGGGACUGUGGGCCUCCCUCCCACCUUACAGGGCUAGCAUUGGGCGUGAGCAGGUGCAGUCAACACGAGACAAAUUCAGCUACAGAUGAAGCUUCUGGAAGAUUGUAGCUCACACCUGCCUCUGUUGAGAAGCCAUCUCUUUGUCUGAAUCCAGAAGAGGCCUUUAUUGGCUCACAAACUCUGACAGGCCUGCAUUGACGAGAACUUCGACAUGGUGAAAUUCCUGGUGGAGAACAGAGCCGACGUGAACCGGCAGGACAACGAGGGCUGGACGCCCCUGCACGCGGCGGCAUCCUGCGGCUACCUGAACAUCGCCGAGUACUUCCUCAGCCAUGGAGCCAGCGUGAGCAUCGUCAACAGCGAAGGGGAGGUGCCCUCCGACCUGGCGGAGGAGCCGGCCAUGAAGGACCUUCUUCUGGAGCAAGUGAAGAAGCAAGGGGUGGACCUGGAGCAGGCGCGGAAGGAGGAGGAGCAGCAGAUGCUGCAGGACUCGAGGCAGUGGCUCAACAGCGGGAAGAUCGAGGACACCAGGCAGGCUCGCUCGGGGGCCACCGCCCUGCACGUGGCAGCCGCCAAGGGCUACUCCGAGGUCCUCAGACUGUUGAUUCAGGCUGGCUACGACCUGGACGUGCAGGACCAUGACGGCUGGACGCCCCUCCACGCUGCCGCGCACUGGGGCGUGAAGGAGGCCUGCUCCAUCCUGGCCGAGGCCCUCUGCAACAUGGACGUCAGGAACAAGCUGGGCCAGACGCCGUUCGAUGUGGCUGAUGAGGGCCUCGUGGAGCACCUGGAGAUGCUCCAGAAGCAGCAGAGUGUGCUUCGGAGUGAAAAAGAGACGCGGAAUAAGCUCAUUGAGUCGGACCUGAACAGCAGAUUGCAGGGUGGACUCUUUAAGAACAAAGAGAAGAUGCUGUAUGAGGAGGAGACGCCCAAGUCCCAUGAAACAGAGGAAGAAAGCAAGGAGUCCAGCAGCUCCAGCUCGGAGGAGGAGGGCGAAGAUGAAGCGUCCGAGUCUGAGGCUGAGAAGGAGGCAGCCGCAGAUCGGAAGCCGGUGGCUGUUGUCAACCACUCCAGCUCGGAAAGCAAGGGCCCGGUCCUGGAGCAGACACCAGCCCCCUCAGCCAGGAGGAUCGCCAGCCUUUUUAACAAGCUGGAGGAGCCCAAAGACGAGUCGCCUUCCUCGUGGCGCCUGGGACUUAGGAAGACUGGCAGCCACAACACAUUGAGUGCCGUGGCCGACACCCGGGAGGCUGCGAGGGACCGGGGCUCCGCCCUCUCCCGCUCGGCGUCCAGCCCUCGCAUCUCCGCUCUGCUGGACAACAGAGACAAGGAGAGGGAGAGCAGAAGCUACCUCAGCUCCCUGGCGCCCCGGAGACUCAGCAGCACGAGCGACGCUGAGGAGAAGGAGAACAGAGAAUCGGCUGUAAACCUGGUGAGGAGCGGCUCGUACACUCGGCAGAUGCGGAGGGAUGAAGCCAAAGGGAGCGAGACGCCGCAGACCGCGGCCCCUUCCACCUACGUGUCCACCUACCUGAGAAGGGCUCCUCACAGGUCCCCAGCCGACUCCACAGCGGAGAAAGCAGACAGCGUCUCCUCGAGCACCCCUCUGUGUGUGAUCACCAACCGCCCCCCGCCCAGCACUGCCAACGGCGUCACCACUGCCUCUGUGCUGUCUUCGCCUGGGCCGGACUCCUCCGUGGACGCCAGGGAGAGACGGAGGUCGUACCUGACGCCCGUCCGCGAUGAGGAAGCCGAGUCUCUGAGGAAAGCACGCUCCAGGCAGGCCCGGCAGACGCGGAGGUCGACGCAGGGAGUGACCCUGACAGACCUGCAGGAGGCAGAGAGGACCUUCAGCCGGUCUCGGGCAGAGCGGCAGGCUCAGGACCAGCCGGGCCAGAAGCUGGGUACCGAAGGGCUGGAGGGCCGCGCCGAGAGGCAUGAGACGUCCACACUCCCCGCCAAGGACACCGGGGAAGGCCGCCAGCCCUGGGGCCGGGGUCAGGAGGAAGAGCCUGCGUGCCGUCGCCUGAGGGGUGCAGCUCAGCCAGACAAGCCCACCACCGCCGUGUCCCCGACCGCCUCAAGACCCACCCUCUACACCAGCUCCCACCUGCUGCGGACGAGCGAGCCGGCAGCCUCCGACGCUGAGAGCUCAGAGGCCAAGGACAUGGACAGAGACGAGAGCGAAGAGGCAGGUGUGGACGACCCGUGCGCCGGUGGGCUGUCCGUCCGGGAGCGGAGGCGGCCCCGGGAGCGGCGGAGGGGCACGGGCAUCAGCUUCUGGACGAAGGACGAGGAGGAAGCUGAUGGCUCUGAGGAGGUGAAGGAAGCGAGGCACGAAAGACUUUCUAGGUUGGAGUCUGGAGGCAGCAACCCCACGGCCAGCGACUCCUAUGGGGACCGGGCCUCGGCGAGAGCGCGCAGGGAGGCGCGGGAGGCCCGCCUGGCCAACCUGGCCAGCCGCGUGGACGAGGACAGCAGCAGGGACUAUAAGAAGCUCUACGAGGGCGCCCUGACCGAAAACCAGAAGCUGAAGACCAAGCUGCAGGAGGCCCAGCUGGAGCUGGCAGAUGUCAAGUCCAGGCUGGAGAAGGUGGCCCAGCAGAAACAGGAGAAGACGCCCGACAGGUCCUCGCUGCUGGAGGUGGAGAAGCGGGAGCGGCGGGCCCUGGAGCGGAAGAUGUCCGAGAUGGAGGAGGAGAUGAAGAACCUCCACCAGCUCAAACAGAUCCAAACCCUGAAGCAGAUGAACGCCCAGCUGCAGGCUGAGAACAGGGCGCUGGCCCGCGUGGUGGCCCGGCUCUCGGCGUCCAUGGAGUCCGCGCAGUCCCAGGAGCUCUAGCCGCCGCGCCCUCUGCAGGUGUUAACAGAACUGAAAUCCGACAACCAGAGGCUAAAAGAUGAGAACGGCGCCCUCAUCAGAGUCAUCAGCAAACUGUCCAAGUAGCCGCGGCCCCAGAUGGAGGCCAGCUGCUGCCCCAGACUCGCCUUCCCGCAGAGGGCCUGUGGGGAAGGCCGCCUGCCCGUCCCACAUCACCUGCUCUGCGCCUCUGCACCCUCCACACCACCCCACCUCCGCCCCGCUGUGCCCGCUCAGCCUGGGCCUUGCUGCUCGCCGCCGUCCCCACUGGCCCUGGACCCGCCCAGAGCCUCGCCGGUGGCCCCUGCUGGACCCCGUGUGGGGCAGGAGGUCGGGUGGGGCCGCCACCCAGGGCUGGGAGUGCACAGACCGGCCCCCCAAGACCCUGGGGUCUCCGUCAGCAGCCUUCACCCCCAAUGUCCUUGCCCCCCACCCCCCCAGGCCUGUCCUGUUUCCUCUUUCUGCUCCGCCGCCUCCCGCACUCUAAACAGAGACAGCUCCCGGGCCUCCCCGGAGGCAGUAGCCUCCCUGACAUCUCCCACUGCCCCUGCUCAGGGCUUGGUCCACAGGCCCCUCCCCUCACCUCUUCCCUGCACCCGGCCGGCCCCAGGACGGAGGUGGGUGGGGCGGGCGUGCCAGGAGCGGUGCAGCCGACAGGGCGGUUUGUCUGUGCAGGUCAGUCAGAGGCUCCUGGUCCUGGGGCUGCGGUGAGGGCCCAGCACGGCCCAGUCUGCCCCCAGGGCCGCUCAGGGGGAGCAGUGUGGGGGCUCAGGGACAGACAGCACUGCCCCCCACGGCCUCUGGCUGGGAGCCCACAAGUACUGGGCUGCUCCACUCGGCGGGCGGGCGGGGAGGGGCUGCCUCUUCUCAGGAAAAGAAAGCGGGAUUGUUAGGAGGACGUCCGUCCGACCUGUGUGCCUUCCCCAGAGCUGUGCCCCCCGCGCUCACGACGCCUCCUCUUGCCAGAAAGUUCCCGUGAUGAAGCGCCAGCUUCCCAGCCUCAGGAAACGCCGGGGUCCGGGGACUCCGUGCCAUUGCCUUCCUCAGACAGGCAGGUGUCCGGUGUCUGUCCAUCCCUCACUCCGCUGCCCGGAGCCCGUGCAGACCUGGGGACGGAGCGCCAGGCAGCGGGGAGGGCGACCCCCGGUUCCCUGGAGCCUGGCAGGGGGCCUCCAUCUGGGCCUCCUUCCCCCCGGGGCACCCUGAGUGGACACAGCUGUCCCUGCCCGAGCGAGACCCACAGUAGCCACAGGUGGAGGCCCCCACGCGGUGUCUGAGCUGCGGACGGCAGGCGAGGUGAGGAGGGGCAGGGCCGCUCCCUGGGUCUGCGGGGGGACACCCAUGGGGAACUCAGCCCUGUUGUACGGUCGCUCUCGGAAGGCGGGUGGGGGGAGAGGAGGGACAGGGACCCCAAGGUGCAAGGAGGCAGGCGGUCGGGCCCAUCAAGGGGCGGGUGGGGUGGGCCCCUGGUGGCUCAGACCUCAGCCUCCAGCCGAGCGGAGAUCUCAGUGGCCUCCCGAUGGCAUGGCCCUGCGGGCCGGCUCCUGGCCGCCUGUCGGCUCCUGGUGAGGUUGUACAAGAGGGUCUGAACCGCCGCCAGGAACGGCCACGGCCGCCAGGGAACGGUCUGGAGCAGAGAAAAAGCAGGAACCUGACCAGCAGGUGCCCGGAGCGCAGAGGCGCAGGUGCCCUGGCAGGUGGGCUGAGGGGAGCCUUCGAGAGUCUGAGCCCCUCGUUAACCUGAGUCCCACUGAGCGUGAGCUGCUCGUCCUGUCUGGCCGCUGCCCUCACCUCGGCCUCCCUCACACCCUCCGCUCCUCCCCGAGGGCAGGGAGGCCUCCAGGGACCAGCCGCCAUGUGACCCCGGCCUGUCCCAGACUCCCAGCGGGGCCCCGGCCGCACACCUGAGGUUGGAGCAGGGGCAGCGUGGCGACGUCCCACCGGGACAGAGUCCGAGCCCUGGGAGCUCACGCUUCCCCAAACCACCUGCCCGACCCCCAUCCCAGGACUCGCCCUCGGGUGACUCUGGUCCCCAUCCCCCUCUGUCCCUCUCCACUUCCCCCGGGUCAGCGGGCGCUGCCUGGGCCGGGCGCUGCCGCUGUAAAUGCCGGGUGGGCGCCGAGCGGGCAGCAGGCCACUGAGCUGAAUGUAUUUGUAUGCACCUUCGCGUGGCCUUCGACCCGAGUGGGCGAGUGGUUUGCUGGUGGGUGUUGCCUAAUGUCACUGAGUUCCUGUGUGGGAGUAACUCACUGUGUGGCGCCUGCGCACAGCGGUCUUUACAAACAGCCAAUAAACGUGUUUCGACUUGA